GCAAUCACUCCACCGCAAACCACGUGCAUUAACAUUUACUCUCCGAGUCAAAAACAACAACGCAGUUUUUUCUUUUAUAAGAAAUAGAGAAAGUUACUGAACUGCUCCGUGGGUGAACCCAACUUCUGUCCUCUAUUCAUGUCGUCAUCCUACGCCACUAACGGCGGCCCGGCCGGAAGCACCGGAGGGGCGGUGGUGCCGGCCAACUAUCUGCGCCUCAAGCGGCAUCGCCGUACCAUCUUUCUCUACUGCGACUUCCAGCACGACACGGUGCAGGCGAUCAAGGAGCGCAUCGAGAAGCUCACCAGUCGUACCUUCUACACCAUGUGUCUCUACAUCGGCAAUCAACGCCUCGAUGACGAGUCGACACUGUACAACGCGGGCGUGUGCGAUGACGGCACGGAGCUGUGGGUGGUGUAUUCGAAGGGGAAAACAGAAGAAGGCGAGCCGAUCUGGGAAGAUGUAUCGGAGGCGAUGACGACGACGGUGGCGGUGCCCGUUGCCGCCCCCGGCGACGAAGAACCGCAGGGCACCUCUCAGCCUUCCGCAGGAGGCGAAGGGGAGGCGAUACCAUCGACUGCGGUGUGA